GAUCCAGGGGGGGGCGAAGCCCCCCAGGAUUGCCCCUGUCCGUGCCUGCCUGCCUGCCUGCCUGCCUGCCUGCCUGCCGGUGCCUGCCUGCGUCGACAAAAAGUGCCAAACUGGCACAAACCGCGAGCGCUACGUAAUAUUACUUGCUAUUCCCUAUUGUAGAAAAAUAGGCAGCAGGUAAAACUCGGCCGGAGCGAGAAGCGACCUCGCGCGUCCAUGGACUUUAAUUGACUGGCGACUGUGGCGACUCGUUGCGAGGUGUGUGCGAAGUGCGGGCGGCGCUUACUCGGCAACGGGCAGCGCUGCCUGCAGGCGGUCGUACCAUGGGGGGGCUUACGUGCUCACCAAGUCCAAGUGUGCAACCACUGCGGGACGGUGUGGGGACGUGACGUCAACUCCGCAACCAACAUCCGGCACGCGCUGGUGGAAAUGCUGCUGGGGCACAAGCGACCUGCAUCGCUGCAGACUGGCGGCGGCGGCGGCGGCGGCGGCGGCAGCGGCGGCAGCGGCGGCGGCGGCGGCGGCAGCGGCGGCGGCGGCAGCGGCAGCGGCGGCGGCGCGUGCGCGCAUCUUGGUAGCGGAGGGGGCGGGAAAGGCCACGUGGAGGAGGAGAGCGCAGCGCCGCCCAAGAAGCGGCGCAAGCGCGCAGGCUGAGGAGCCGGCUGGCGGUGUCUAGGUAGCGGUCCGCGGUGGGGCUGGCAGGGCAUGCGUUGCGGCAUGACAAGUAGUGCGGCUGUUGACAACUGUGCUACGUCUGGCUGCGGUUGGCUCUGCUGUGGCAUCGUGAUUGCUAGGCACCCAGUUUGGCUAUGUGCCUGUGGAAACCGACCCCGGCUAUGUCCGGGCGAUGAGGUUGUUCGGCCUCAGACUGUGGAGGGGCUCAGCCCCUUUUCCCGUGACCGGGGAACACUUGUCUAUGGAGUGCACCUUCUUUCCGCGACACCCCGUGAAAAGCUGUUGCCACUAAUUUCUCAGGAUGUACCUUGGUUGGGUAUGGAUGCGGAUGUUACAGAGGGGACAGUCCCAGCUCCCGAAGACGCCGAGCCAUCACAUGCUAUCAGGGCCCAACCCCGACUUUGCUGCAAACCCUCCCGCGGGCAAAGUCCGUGUGACUCCGCGCACAGGGAAAGUAGGCUGACGUCAGCGUGAAGGUGUGUCCACCUUGGUUGGGUAUGGCUGCUAGUAACGCGAGUGGCGUUAGUCACCGCUGCAAGCGGUGCUGGCAACAGGCAUGCCGUACCGCCAUUCGGUUGCAUUUAAAGCCCCGGCUUUGCCGCCCUGGCUAUCAUACAUUAAUACAGAGGUAGAAGACAGCAGCAUUAGAGCGUCCCAAUAGCCCUUUCUUGCUGUUCUCCCCGCAACUGGUGCAGUCCGUGUUGCAAAGCUUCUUCCCGCCGACGAGACUUUGCCGAGCUCCUCAAAAGCAUACCUUUGCAACUGCAGUAGCGAACUAGUCGCCGCCUCCCACGCCCACGCCCACGACGCCGCCUGUAACGCCUCCGGCGCUUCGAUCGCCCGCUCCCGGCGCCGUUCUCGCAUAGAUCGGAAUCGCGACGUCUCCGCCGCCAACGUGAUCCGUGUGCUCCUCCUGCUGAAGCUGAUGGGCUUCGAGCGGCCGACCAAGCUGCAGCGGCCGCCAUGGCCGCCGGCGGCGGCGGGGCCGGGCUGAGAGCCUGAACGGCGCUAGCAGGGCGUGGGGCUGAGGGUGCACGUGUCGAUUGGCGGCGAGUGACGUGACUAGUUUGUUAGCUGCGGGUUAGCACGGACUGUGCACCCCACCCAACCGGCCACGUCCGGAUUUGCGGGGAUGCCAAAGGCCCCCAACAUAGAGGCGUGUGCAAUUUGCGCAGGGUUGCGUAGUUCAUAGUACGCGUACUAUGUACUACGUACUGUACUACGUACUGUACGCUGCCCUCGUCGGCUAGUACGUUGGAAAAUACGUUGUGCUGGGGAAACCAGCGGGGUGGGCCGUGGCAGCGCCGUGGCGGGCGAGGGGCGCGAGGGGUGCUGGGAAGGAUGUCCGUCGAAGUUCGCGCACCAUGGCUGCUCUCCGCACUGCAGCUGUGUUUUCUUAUAACAAUAUGAGUAUAAUAAGUUGAAGGAAAUUCCGCUAGAAGACUAUGGCCGCGCAAAUCCAAAUUCACACCGAUUCGGGCAUGGUGCGGGCACGCGUGUCGUGUUUGCGCCGACUUUCCCCCUGGAUUUCGUGGCCCAGCGUAUUAUGCACCGUAUUUUAACGUACUGUACUAGAAAUUCUAGUACGCCGUAUUAGUACGCGUAUUAUGGAGAGAGGGCCGCGUACUAGGCAACCCUGAAUUUGCGUGUGCUUAGUAGGCGCCCGCGUCAAGGUGGCUGGGUUGAUAACGACCCGGGAGGGGAGGGCUCAGCCCUUUUCCUGCCUCCCUAAGGCAGCCACCUCCUUGUUUGAUUGUAACUUAGCAGAGACAAAUGUUUGGGGUCGGGUUCAGCGCAAGCUGCAAAGGGCUUCUCACCAGCAAGCCGCAAUGUACGUAUACGCU